CCGCUGGUCAUCCCUCCACCCAACCCCGCUCCUCGGGGACCUCUCGUCGCCGGAGCCGCCGGCGGCCUCGAGCGAUAGGGAUCGACAGCGAGCGCGCGAGCUCGUCCCGCAACCUGAUCUGCGAGGACCACCGGGUGGGAGGCUGCGAGAUCGACGACGGGUUCGGUUCGAUUCGGCUGGCACGAGCACCAGCCUAUCUGAGACGGCCAUCGGCGGCGGAUAGACCUGGCGCGCGGCGGAACGCUGAGGUUAUCUUGUAUUCUCGUCAAGACAACUGUCUUCCCUCAGAGCACUGAACAAUCAUUGUGAUUUAUGACUACCUCUGAGUGGUGAAAGAAUUAAAAAAAUGCAGAACACCGCGAUGGCUGUUAGAUGCUCAUGUACUGCUCUUUUCCCUCUACUCUUCUGUUUUAUGAUCUGUCAGCUUUGCUAUGGCACAGUAACUGAUAUCCAAUGUCUGAAGAAGCUGAAGGCAUCAGUUGAUCCCGACAAUAAGUUAGAAUGGACAUUCAAUAACAAUACAGAGGGAUCCAUAUGCGGGUUCAAUGGUGUGGAGUGCUGGCAUCCUAAUGAGAACAUGGUCCUUUCGCUUCAUCUUGGUAGCUUUGGUCUUAAGGGCGAAUUCCCCGAUGGACUUGAGAAUUGUAGUAGCAUGACUUUGCUGGAUCUCUCAAGCAACAGCCUCUCAGGACCUAUCCCGGCUGACAUCUCGAGGAGAGUUCCAUUUGUUAGAAACCUUGAUCUGUCAUUUAAUAGCUUCUUGGGAGAGAUACCAGAAGCACUAGCCAAUUGUUCUUAUCUCAACAUUGUCAAUUUACAACAUAACAAAUUGACUGGAACAAUCCCAGUUCAGCUUGCUGCAAUCAGUCGCCUAGCCCAGUUUAAUGUUGCUGACAAUCAAUUGUCAGGGCAGAUUCCUUCAUCUUUGAGCAAGUUUACAGCCUCUGAUUUUGCAAAUCAAGACCUUUGUGGGAGGCCUCUAAGCAAUGAUUGCACUGCCAAUUCAAGCAGUCGAACGGGGAUAAUUGUUGGUUCUGCUGUUGGUGGUGCAGUUAUAACUUUAAUAAUAGCUGCUGUUAUUUUAUUCAUUGUAUUGCAACCCUCGCAUUCUUUAUAGGAACAUUAGUUCCAA